AUGCUGGAGGUGCGGCCUCCAUCUUUGCAGCGAAGGCACUGCCACUUCCUUUACCAGCGACUCAGAGUUCGACUUUUCAAGUCCUUGCUGGCGCAGCUGCCAAAGAGCAGACAGCGACUCAUGGAGGAAGCAGCAAAGGACGUGCCCCCUUUACUGCGGCCAGAGAUUUGGGCCGCGGUGCUGGGAGUCAAUUAUGUCGGAGUGCUGCACACCACUCGGGCUGCCUACGAAGAGGCCGCUGCUGCUUUGGGGCAGGGGGCCCUCGAGGCGCUGCACACGAGCGAGUUCUCGCAGUACCAUGAGGGGGGCGCUGCGGAGGUGUAUGUACAGUACCACGACCUGCUGGGCAGCAGAGAAGGGCGGCGGCGGCUGGCGAGUUUGGUGGGAGUGGCGCUGCAGCGGAACUCGAGUUAUGUGUCAGUGCGGGGGCUGGACGCUCUUGCUGCUCCUUUGCUGCUGCUGUUCUACGAGCAGCAAAACGUGGCGCUGAGCUGCCUCGAGAAGCUGCUGCAGGACUUCCAGCAGCACCUUUUUGCUGCAGACAGCGCCUGCUUCCUCCGCCGCCAGCUCGCAACUUCCAACAGACUCCUCUUCUUCCUCGACCCUGAGCUCGCGCUGCACAUCAACCGAAUCGGACUGCACUCGGACAUGUACGCGCUGUCGUGGCACCUGACGCUGUUCUCCCACGUGCUGCCGCUGCAGCAGCUGCUGCUGCUGUGGGACACUUUGCUGCUGCAGCCGCCGAGCUUCGUGCACUUCCUCACAGUCUGUGUCUUGCACUUCUUGAGAACUCCUCUCCUCAGCUUCUCCCCCGGCGAAGAGUCCACAGCCAUUCGCUUGCUGCAGUCUUCUUUCGAAUUCGUCAAUGUCCCAGCGCUCUGUGCUGCAGCAGUGGCUCUGCAGAACGCUGUGCCUUGGUCCUUGACUCUUUUGCCCGUCCCCCCGCACGCAGCCGCCGCAGCAGCAGCAGCAGCAGCUGCUGCUGCUGCUGCUGAAGCUGCUGCUGCUGGCGCUUCGGAGGCAGUUGCUGCUGCUGCGCCGCCGCGCAAAGAAGCUGCGCGGCUCCCCCCGGAAGCAGCAGCAGCUCGCGGGCCAGCAGAGGAAAGGCCCGAGGGGGGAGCUGGUGCGGGAGGUGUACGUACAGCUGAAGGGCGCGGGAAAGAUGCAAAAGAAAUGCAACUGGCGGCAGAGGCGCAGCAGUUUUUCAUUGGAGAUGCAGCGCAGAGCCAGGGGCAGCAGACUGAGGCGUUUCUGCAGCAAAAAGACGAGUGCAGCAGAUCUCCAGACUCCUCGCGGAGCCCCGCAGCAGCUGCCAGCAGCAGCACGAAAGGCGAAGAGGGGGAAAGCGCGAGAAAAAGAACAAACUGGAAAACAAAAGCCCUCAUGCGAGUCGUCACGGGCCCCGCGCUGAUCCUCUUGGGGCCUCCUCGAAAGCCCGCAGCAGCCAAAGCUGCACAGACUCAGUCUGGAGGCGAAGACGCGCACUGCACAGACCCCAUGGACGCGCUCUACUCCAGCGAGCCGCUGGCCCCGCGGUGGUGGGAGAAAGUGAGCGAAAGCGAAUACCUGGAAAGGACUUCGCCGCUGUGGGGCGGAGGCGCUGCUGCUGCGGGGCUGCAGAGCCUCAGCAGCGGCGAAGACCUCGCGCUGCAGCCGCCGUGCGUGGGCGUGGACGUGCUGCUGCAGUUCUGCGAAGAAAGCCUAGUGCUGGACGUUCGCCCGCGCGGGGUCUUCGACGCAUUUCACUUCAAGUCCGCAGUGAGCGUUGGCCCCCGAGACGCGGGCGAGCUCGCUGGCCUUUUGAAGGAGGGCCAGCUGGCCCUGCCCGACCCCAGGGGCGUUUUGCUGCAGGUCCAGAAGCUGGGCAGCAGCAGGCCGCUGAUUGGCAAGGCGGGCCGCGCCGCAGCAGCAGCGGGCCUGGAGGCGGCUGCGGGCGCAGCAGCAGCUGCUGCAGCAGCAGCGCCCGCAGCUCCCGACCCGCAGGAAGCUGCAGCAGCAAAGCGAGCCCAGGGGGGGCCCCCAGCGCCCCGAAAGCCCUGGAUUUCGCCCACUAUGAGCCGCCUCCCUCUUAUUGUUGUUAUGGGAGACAAAGAAGACACUGGGGCCGGCCUUGCCCGCCGGCUGCUCGCUGCUGGGGUGUCUUGCGUCUGCGUCUUGCUGGGGGGUAUCGACGCAGUGCAGCUCGACGCCCCAAACCACUUCCUCACGAGAAAACGCCAAACUUGA